AUGAGCGCCACGGGCACCGUGAAGUCUUUCAAUGGUGCGAAGGGCUUCGGUUUCAUCGAUUGUGGCUUUGGAACAGACGUCUUCAUCCACAUCAAGGACUGCAUUGAUGGGAACCAGCCAGCCGCAGGCGAUGUGCUGACGUUUGACCUGGAGCCCAGCAAAUCCAAGCCAGGCCAGAUGCAGGCCAAAAACGUUAAGGGUGGGACCGCUGUGAAAGAGCAGCCUGGCGCCACGGACCCGUUUGGCUCUUUCGGAGCUGCGAAAAGCAUGGGCACUAGACAAGGAACCGUCAAAACCUUCAAUGCCGAGAAAGGAUUCGGCUUCAUUGCGGUGGAGGACGGCGGGCCGGACGUAUUUUUGCAUGUCAAGCAGUGCAUCGGCUCCAUGCCCAAGCCUGGCGACGUGGUGACCUACGACGUUGAGCCUAGCAUCAACAGACCAGGUCAGAUGGUCGCGAAGAACGUAACAGGUGGAUCUAUGCCACUGACUACGGGUCAGCCACAGGCUGGAGCUGGAUAUGGACCAGUCCGGACUGACGUGACCCAGCUUACGAACCCGUAUGCGCAAAAUGGCAUGAUGGGAGGCAUGAACAUGGGCUGUGCUGGCUUGGGGAUGGCAGCAAUGCCUGGCUUGGGCCUCGGUGACAUGAGUGCGAUGGGCGGGAUGGCGCCCCAACUGGGCUGCGCUGGCUUCAGUGGCUGCGCGAUUGCUCUGGUUGUGGAGCAUGUGGUUGUGGUGGCCUCGGCGACUGCUCCGGAUGCGGAGCAUGUGGUUGCACCGGGAUGUGGUUGUGGCCUGAACGGUUGUGGUGGCUGUAUGCCUGACAUGAAUGCCUUGGGUGGCUUUGCUGGCUAUGGUUGCGAUGGAGGCAUGUCGCAACAGCUAGGAGAGCAGGCAAUGGCGCCAAUGGCGGCAACCAUGAUGCUCGUGCGGCACUAUCCACACGAGCAGGUGGAGGGGGGCUCUCUUCCUGCUCUACCCGACCUUGCCACCAGGGUUUCGUCUGCGCUGGAUCUCGCGAAAGCAGAGCCACCGGGGCAGCCAGCAAAGGAUUCCAGUGAGCUUCCGGCCCACGCAAGAGACAAAGAGGUCACUCGGCGACUGCAGCUUCCCACUGAGCCUUUUGUGGACAGCUACCUGGAGCAAAUCUAUCCCAGCAACUAUGUUUCCAGCCCUCACUCGGCAGUCACGACGAAGCUACUCUCAUCAGAGGCGGGCUCACGUGUCUCAUCACCGCAGCGAGGCCCGUCCGUCCGAGCAGGCUCUGCUCAGAGCCGUGGCAGCUGUGUAUCAAUUUCCAGCACAGGCUCUGCAUCAUGGAAGCAGCAGAUCAAAGGUGCGCGGCAGAAGCUGUUGGAGAGGUUCUGCACCACAAAGCGUGCGUUCGAUGCUUUUCUCGGGACCAUCCGCGAGCUCAAGAGGCUUCGGUAUUGGACUGGGGACAUGAUGGACGUUGAGCUGCCGCAAGAGCAGUUCUGUGCCUUCCUGACCAAGCACUUCAAGAACAUUCCGAAAGAGGAUCACAUGAACAUCUUCCGUUUCUUCGAUACGGACGGGAGUGGUGAGAUCUCACUCGGUGAGUUCUAUGCAGUGGUCGAGGCAAUGUCCCCCGUGCGCAGCCUGGCCGACCUUCGGUGCAGGUGGAUUGCGCUCGGAUACGGUUCAGCGUGCAGGGCAAUGGAGGUGAUGGCAGCACGACACACCUGGGGUGUGCGACGAUACAGCUGUCAGCAUUUCGGGCAUCUCCUGAGCAAAGUGGGAGUGCUGGAAUGGGAGGAGCACCUUUAUAUCUUUUCAGCUGUCGCUGCUCCGAACAUGUCGGGCACUGUUUCCCUUGCUGAGCUUCACGCGGCCCUGGGUUCUGUGUCCCCGGUUCUGCUGCUUGAGGAGUGGCGGCAGCGCCUGGAGACGAUGUAUCUUGACGUGGAAAAAGCUUAUGACCCCCUGGAAGACAUCACCACCCAGGCACCUCUUGACCUCAGCAAGUUUGUCGUUCAGGCUGGAGAGCACUGGAACAUGUCGGUGCUUGAGGCCAAGAGGUUCUUCAGGCUCUGUGAUUAUGACCUCAAGGGGAAGAUGACGAGGACGAAGUUCCUCGCUGUCUUCAAGCUGGUCAAGCCUACGCUCAUGCUGGAGCACCUCAGGAGAAAGUUCAGGUUGUUCUACACAACUGUGCAUCGCAAAGUUCGGUCAGUGAACAAGAAGGCCAGCCUGGAAGCAUUGGCCAUGACCCUCGUGAGCAACUUCUUGCAGUACAAGCAGGACCCAAAGAUCUCGAGAAAAGUCGUCCCAGAUGACUAUCAGAGGACAUAUGACCUCCUGCAGCUCACAGAGAAGGACACAAAGCUGCUCUUCAGCCUCGUGGAUCUACGAGGUUCGGGGAAACCCGACCCGAUUUUCUGGCACAUGCUCAAGAACUUUACGCCUUCUGUUGUCCUCGAGGACUUGAGCCUUCUGAGUAACACCAUCGCUGCCACGACUCUCAAACAAGUGCGAGAGGCUCAGAAGCUGCCGGCCUGGCAAGCGAGGCACCUCGGUCUGACGCGUGACCCCACGCCGGAGCUACAAGUCUGGUCUGAGUUAGCAGAUGGCAGCAGGGAGUCUCCUUGGCUUUCGCAGCUGAUGCCCGGCUUGGCCGCCAGGGCUGCCGGCUCCCGGAAGGAGGCCGCCAUGCUGGCUCCACUGGCUGCCAUCUCGUCUGGACUUGGAGGCUUGGGACUGAACAGGGCUGAGGGUAUCUGA